GACCAAGUGGCGAGUGCAAGCUUAAACACCCAGUUCUCACAGCCGCCCACCCUUUUCCGCCCACCACUUCCCACCAGAGAAUCAGCCCUUCCAGGAAACGCCCUCUCAAUUACAACAACAGAGGCGAUCAUGAAAGAGACAACUGAAGGCAACCCAGACGCAUACUACCAUGCAGAAGCCAUUGAAGCCAUCAGGAAUCUUCAGAAUGUUGCACAGCUCCAGACGUUCCAGACUGCGAUGGGCAAAGGUCCGACUGGGAAAUGGGAGUGGCACGAUAUCGUAGCCAAGGACGUUCCAGAGAGCCUCAGCAAGGCUGAGGCUAAGCGCCAGUCCAUCAUAUUUGAACUUAUCAAAGGUGAGAUGGCGUACGUCAGGGACCUAGAAAAUAUCGACUUGAUCUACGUCCAGGCCCUGCGAAAAAGUGAUCCUCCAGUCAUUGGUCGUGAGAGACUGAACGGUUUUAUCACCGACCUCCACUCGCAUCAUCGGAAGCUCCUGGACCAACUGCAUGAAAUACAGCGUGAUGAGCAUCCGUUGAUUAACAGUAUUACAGCACCUAUGUUUGACGCUGCUUUGAACUUCAGGGAUGCAUACAUGGAGUACAUCCCCAACUUAUCUAUAUGAGUUGAAACAUUAUGGGGGCAUAUAGUUUUUUCCU